AUGGCCGAAUCCCUCGUUGACUCUCGAGUUUGGUUCAUCACUGGCAGCUCGCAAGGCUUCGGAAAAGCCUUGCUCGAAGAGCUUCUCGGCUCAAACGAGAGAGUCGUUGCCACACUGCGCAGGCCAGAGGUGCUUGCCCCGCUCUCGGAGAAAUAUCCUGCCUCGCAGCUGCUUGUCCUUCCGCUUGAUGUGACAGUGCAAGAGCAAGUCAGCGCGGCGUUUGAAGCGACGAAGGCCCACUUCGGCAAGCUCGAUGUUGUCGUAAACAACGCGGGCUUCGCUGUGGAGGGCGAAAUCGAGUCUAUAUCGGAGGAGGAUGCUCGUAGUCAAAUGGAAGUGUUGUUCUGGGCUCCGGUGCAUAUCACCAAAGAGGCACUCAAAUUUAUGAGAGACGUGAACCCCCCAGGUCAUGGCGGGCGAAUACUGAAUAUAUCGUCAACGUUUGGCUAUCUAGGACCUCCGACGCUCUCAUAUUACGCUGCGGGCAAGUUUGCUCUCGAGGCGUUCACCCAAGCGUUUACUAAAGAGGUACUGCCAUCGUGGAACGUUAAAGCCAUCAUCGUCGAGCCGGGAGGUUUCCGCACAGAGUGGAACAAAGGUUCGAUGGUUCGCGCCCCGGUACAUCCCAAGUACGAUGCCUCGGACUCGGCAUCGGUCCUCUUCAGGAAAGUGAUGGCCGCCCAGCCAAUCGGUGACCCGAAAAAAGCAGCCAGAGCGUUUAUUCAGAUUGCAGAUCUGCCUGACCCGCCGUUGAGGAUCCAGUUGGGCUCUGAGAGCUGGACAAUGGUGAGGGAGCAGGCUUUGGGUACACUGCGAGACAACGAGAAAUACGCGGACUUGGCAUAUUCGACGAAUGCGGACGAUGUCGAUCACGAAGCCGUGAUAGCACGGGUUAAGGAAGCGUCGGCGUGA